UUGUCUGGCUCGAGGAUUUCUUCCUGUGGCUGUUUGUGGCUGGCGGAUGCAGUUUCGCUGGGAGUAAGGUUGUUCCCUAACCCCAAGACUGCAAGCAGUGGGGGUCUGUCCCGGUCUCUGCUGCUCCGACCAGUUGCACCAGAGUCGGGGGGUUUGUAUCCAGCGUUUGAGGGGUGACCCAUCCCGGGGUUCGAUCUCACGGACAGGUAACCCAGUGUGGUCUUCAACCAGGAGCUGGAGGCCGAGGGAUAAAGCUCCCCGUGCCGGUUUUGCGGGGCUGUAGGUAUCUUCAGACAGGAGUAUUGCGGGCACCGGAACUGGAAUUAUGGCGGAUGUGGAACUGACUCACCAACCGCUUCAGACUCCCGGCGCCCGGCUGGGAGGUCAGGAGACCACCGGGAUCAGCACCUUGGAGCCAGGGCAGAGACCACCUAGCUCUCCGUCCGGGAAACUCAUCCCCAUCAAAGUCCAGAUGCUAGAUGACACCCAGGAAGUGCAUGAAGUUCCGCUUAAAGCCUCUGGGAAGCAUUUGCUGGAUUUGAUUUGCCACAAUCUUAACCUCAUUGAAAGUGAUUACUUUGCACUGGAGUUCUUGGACCAUCACAAGGUUAUGGUGUGGCUGGACCUAUUGAAACCAAUUGUGAAACAAGUCAGAAGGCCGAGACACGUUGUGAUGAGAUUCGUUGUGAAGUUCUUCCCCCCUGAUCACACACAGCUCCAAGAAGAACUGACGAGGUAUCUCUUUGCAUUGCAAAUCAAGCAGGACCUGGCCUCGGGCAGAAUGACCUGCAACGACACAAGUGCAGCACUCCUGGUCUCUCACAUCAUCCAAUCUGAAAUUGGGGAUUUUGAUGAAGCUGUUUUCUCCGAGCAUUUAGCGAAGCACAAGUACAUACCUCAGCAGGACGCUCUGGAGGAGAAGAUAAAGGAGUUUCACAGCGGGCAUGUUGGUCAAACGCCUGCUGCUUCUGACUACCAGCUGCUGGAGGUCGCGAGGAAGUUGGAAAUGUACGGAAUCCGGCAACACCGAGCGAAGGACAGAGAGGGGACGAAGAUCAACCUCUCUGUGUCGCACACGGGGAUCAUUGUCUUCCAGGGGAACAACAAGAUCAACUCGUUCAACUGGGCCAAGGUACGCAAGCUGAGUUUCAAAAGGAAGAGGUUCCUCAUUAAGUUCCGUCCGGAGACAAACUCCUGCCAGGACACCUUGGAGUUUACCAUGGCCAGCCGAGAUUCCUGCAAGGCGUUCUGGAAGAUUUGUGUGGAAUAUCAUGCCUUCUUUCGACUGUUCGAAGAGCCCAAACCCAAACCCAAGCCCAUCCUCUUCAGCCGAGGUUCCUCCUUCAGGUUUAGUGGAAGGACCCAGAAGCAACUCCUGGAUUACGUCAAAGAAGGUGGAUACAAAAAGACACAGUUUGAGAGGAAACACAGUAAAGUGCAGUCCAUCCGAAGUCUGCCUGAUCAUCAGUCGCUGGUGCCAAAACAAAGUGACGGCUUUCCCUUCGGAACGGGGUCCUCAUUGACGGGACCUCCGUCUCCCAACAAGAGGAAAGACCCGGGAGCUUCCCGCCUGACCGACGAGCAGCCGGCGGAACGCAAGAGUCGCUCGCCGUCCCGGAGCCCCAAGGGGGUCGGGCAGAAGGAGGAGGAGGAGGAGGGGGAGGCAGCGAGGGAGAACAGUCAGCAGACCAAGGCCCAGAGAGACCGACAGAAUGCAGUGUCGCCUGCGUACAGCCCCCACGUCUCGGAGCUCUCGCUGAAUUCACAGGCUGGGCCCGGUGUCCUGAACCUCUCCCUGUCUCCCAGCCUGAGCCCGGACGGCAGGACGCACUCACCAUUGACCACGCCCCUGCUGACUGACGCCACUUGUGUCAAGACUGAUGAUGAGGAGGAGAUGAGGAGGAAGCGGUUCCCGGCCGACAAAGCCUACUUUAUUGCCAAAGAAGUGUCCACCACAGAACGGACCUACCUGAAGGACCUUGAAGUCAUCACAACGUCUUUCCAGAGCGCUCUGACCAGAGAUGAUGUCAUGCCGGAACAGCUGAAGACCCUGCUCUUCUCCAAUUUUGAGCCCCUCUACAAGUUCCACACCGGCUUUCUGAGGGAGGUUGAACAAAGACUUGCUCUGUGGGAAGGAAGAUCCAAUGCACACAUUAAAGGCGACUACCAAAGAAUUGGGGAUGUGAUGUUGAAGAACCUGCACUCUAUGAAGCAACUCACCGUCCACCUGCAGAAGCACAGCGAGAUCCUGAUGGAACUGGAGAAGGCCAUUCGGAAUUCCCGGAAGCUGGAGGCCGCGUGCUGGGAAUUCGAGCAGCAGAAGGUCUGCUACCUCCCUCUGAAUGUGUUCCUGCUACGUCCGCUGCACCGACUGAUGCACUACAAGCAGAUCCUGGAGAGGCUGUGCAAGCACUACCCGCCCAGUCACACCGACUUCAGAGACUCGAGGGCGGCGCUGGCGGAGGUGGCUGAGAUGGCUGCGCAACUGCACGGCAGCAUGAUCAAGAUGGAGAACUUCCAGAAACUGGUUGAGCUGAAGAGGGAUUUGAUCGGCAUUGACAACCUGGUGAUCCCCGGGAGGGAGUUCAUUCGACAAGGGUGUCUCAGUAAGCUGUCUGCAAAGGGCUUGCAGCAAAGGAUGUUCUUCCUGUUCAACGAUAUCCUUCUGUACACGAGCAGAGGGCUGACGGCAUCCAAUCAGUUCAAGGUUCACGGACAGGUCCCUCUCUACGGUAUGACGAUAGAGGAGAGUGAGGAGGAGUGGUCGGUCCCUCACUGCUUCACCCUGAAUGGACAACACCAGACCAUUAUUGUGGCUGCAAGUGCACGGGUGGAGAUGGACAAGUGGAUAGAGGACUUGCAGAUGGCCAUAGACCUUGCCCAGCAGUGCAAUGGGUUAAACAGUGAGCUACUGACCCCCAGCCCUGGUGAAGGGACCAACAGAUUUUUCUCGAUCAAUUCUGUAGAAUCAACUGAUGAGACGUCUGUAGAGCAGGAAUCCGAAGAUGAUUUAAGUGCCUCAAGGACCUCUCUUGAGAGACAAUCACCCCAUCGUGCAAUACCAACCAUGCACGUGUGCUGGCACAGGAGUACCAGUGUUUCAAUGGUGGAUUAUAGUAUUGCUGUGGAGAAUCAGCUGUCUGGGAACUUGCUCAGGAAGUUCAAGAACAGCAACGGCUGGCAGAAACUUUGGGUGGUUUUUACCAACUUCUGCCUCUUCUUCUACAAGUCACAUCAGGAUUCUCAUCCGCUGGCAAGCUUGCCAUUGCUGGGUUAUUCUGUGACCAUGCCAGCAGAGUCUGACAACAUUCACAAGGACUAUGUCUUCAAGCUCCAGUUCAAGUCGCACGUUUACUUCUUCAGGGCUGAAAGUGAAUAUACGUUUGAAAGGUGGAUGGAAGUGAUCAGAAGUGCCACCAGCUCUGCUACUCGAACACGGCUUCUGAGUCGCAAGGAAUCUCACGCUUACUGAUCACUCGUGGAGGGAGGGGGGUGGGGGGGGGCCUUUCAAACACACCAACUUCCAUCACAGUUUGACUCAAAAGGAGAAAAAUAGAGUAUCAGUGCAUAUUCAGUCAGUUUGUCUUUAAGAUAAGCCACAGCCAUAUAGUUAAUUUACUACUUCACCAACAAUUCUUGUGAUGUCCUCAUUAGCCCCACCAUCACUCUCAGCUUAUUCCAAAAUAAGGCAAAAUUCAAUUAUGGGCAGAUUGUGUCUCAGCCCAGAAUUAAUUUGAAAAUUAUGUGUAUAUAUAAAAAGAAAUUAGUCAACCUUCUGCCUGGGCAGGAGAGCUUGAAAGAUUAUGUCCAAUCCAAUCCCAGAAUGUACUUGUCUUAAAACUAAAACCCAAACAUGAACUAUUUGACAAUUUAACUGUAUUGUAGACAAUUUUGAGCUUUAGACCAGUAAUGUUUAGGUACUGACUGAUACGACAAUCAUGCAGUGGGUUCAGAUCGAGUCUAUGUCUGGCCUGUGCUGACAUUGAUUUAAAGAACCUUCAGCUUUACAAGGGCUCCAGGUGUAUCAUCCUUGCCCGAAGAUUACAGACACUUUGAACACAACUGAAACAUUAAAAGUAUUUAUCUUAUUUAGUGAGUUGUAAAAAUCGCUGCCAUAUUUUGAACAGCUGUGAUUCACUUCUAUUUACUACAAAUCAGAUUGGAAGUGUUCCUUGCCAAGAGGCUGAUUAGAUAUUUUACAAAGGCUCACUUCUUGCUAGACACGAAUCCGUUUCCACAUCCUGAUAUUUUCCCACCUACUGUAUUUAUUUUGCAAGAUCAAAUGGUUUUGAGGCUUAUACAGUGUUAGAGCACAAGAAAAAGACAUUUGGAAUAUAGUCUUGCCAGAAGGGAACUAUGAUCAUAAUAGAAGAUUAAAUUGUUUGCAGAUUCAUGCAUCACACUGCUAAAGCUAUCUAGUUCCACUGAAGUACCAGCUUGUUUCCAGGAAAGCUGUUUAGAAAAAUGGAUUAAGUUCCUUGAUUCCCUAUUAACUCUGUCAACACUUAAGUUGUCAGGACAUUUUUUUGGGAAAAAAGAUACAAAGAGAAAUCUGUUACCAGCACUAUAGGAGAAACAGGCAAUCCCAUUCCAUAGCCUCAUUCCCAGUGUGUAUGAGCCCCACCCGCAAUGUAUAGCCUGUGACACUCUGUUUAAACGAUAAUUUACCUCCAAU